AACCCCAACUUAAUUAAUAAUACUAAGAAAAAUCAAUCUCGGAGCCGCAACUUAAAGGCGACGAACGACGGAGCGUAAAUGUAUCGAACGGUGGUGAAUCGCAUCCUUCUAACCAAAAACACCGGCGGAGGCCGCCGCUGCCUCCUCCGAUUCCCUGAUCUUAGAACUGCCGUUUCCUCUUCUCGUUUCUCCACUACAACGGAACCUCAAACGUUCCCUAAUCGUCCCCUUAAUCCAGCUGAUUCUUCCACGUCAUCUUCAUCGACGAGUUUCCAAACAUCAUCUGCGGCUGGCGAUAUUCCGCGUCAGGAGAGAAAGAAUCCGCGAGCUGAGUACCAGGGGGAGCAAGCUCGGGUUCUUCAAGCCUCACUACGACACGUCUUAAGAUUGGGAUGGAGUGAAGAAGCGAUGAUAGCAGGAGCAAAGGAAGUUGGGAUUUCUCCUUCCAUUGUUGGAUCUUUCCCCCGAAAAGAAGCUGCCCUUGUCGAGUUUUUCAUGGAUGACUGCUUACAAAGGCUUAUUGAUAGAAUUGACUCUGGCGAGGAAUUACAAGACUUGAUUCCUAGCCAGUGUAUCUACAAGCUUGUAAGGUUUCGCCUUGAAAUGCAAGCACCUUACAUAUCAAAAUGGCCUCAAGCUCUCAGCAUCCAAGCACAUCCAUUGAAUGUUUCAACAAGUUUUAAGCAGCGGGCAAUGCUUGUCGAUGAAAUCUGGCAUGCGGCUGGUGAUGAAGCCUCUGAUUUAGAUUGGUACGUGAAGCGCACUGUCCUUGGAGGGAUAUACUCAACAACAGAGAUUUACAUGCUGACAGACAGUUCCCCAGAGUUUCGUGAUACAUGGCUGUUCUUGGAUAAUCGCGUGAAAGAUGCAUUUGAUUUGAAGAAGACAAUUCAGGAGGCAACGUAUUUGGCAGAAGCUGUAGGUGCUGGAAUGGGGAGCUCUUUGCAAGGCUUUGUUGGCAAGGUGAUUCAGAGAUAAAAGGUUAAGUGAAGAGAGUAUGUAUGAUCAGCUUCAGACUCAAAAACAUUUUCUCUUUGAGGAGCUAUGGAAACUUUUAGUAGGUCAGACUUAGUGUUGAUAACACGGCACAAAGCCAUUGAGGUUUAGGUUCUGCAGUAAGAAGUUUUCAGAGCAGGUGCCCUGAUUCAUUUCCUUGGCAGUUUGAUUGAGUUAAAAUAGUAAAGUUGCUUCAUAAAUUAUAUGAUAAUAUUUUGGCUUAAUAAUAUAAAUAUCUUCGGGUUGGUUGUAGGCUUAUAAAAGCCUAUUCAACUUGGUUGUAAAACUUAUUUUAUACUCUAAAAUAAGGGAUAAAGCAAAUCGAGUCUCAACUUUAGAACUUUUCUGUUAA